UUAACAAACAUCAGUAACUUUUCAACCUCAUGUUUCUACCAGGGACGUUCAGUAAGGUUUUGAAAUCCGUUCGGUUAAAAACAACUCGUCUUUCGACGGCGGAGUAGGAGGGGAGUUUAAAAAAAAAACUGGAUACUAGUGGCAAAAGUUUAACUUUGCUAAUAAAAUUGUGAGAAGUGAUAUUCUUUUAUUGUCUAUCGAUUUAAUUUUUGUGAACGAAAAUUGAAAAAAAAAAAAUAGUGAGGUGUGAACCGGUGUUUGGGGACAGAAAAUAAAAAUCGAGGAUUUUCCUGGAUUUUUUUUUUACUUAUAAAAAGUAAAAAAAAAAAUAGAAAAUAAAAAGUGUUUUUGGAGAGGAGGACAAGACGUUACUUUUUUCUUGCAAAUUGUGAGAUGACGGUCACGACAAAUUUCUCGAUGAUGCGACCAUGCUUCACCGGAUAUUCAUUUCAAGAUUUGGGAUCGAUACCGGGACAGGGACGUGUUAAUCAAUUGGGGGGUGUCUUCAUUAACGGACGACCUCUUCCAAAUCAUAUUCGAAAACAAAUUGUGGAAAUGGCCGGAAGUGGCGUUCGACCUUGCGUCAUAUCCAGGCAACUUAGAGUAUCACAUGGAUGUGUUUCGAAAAUUUUAAAUCGUUAUCAGGAAACCGGAAGUAUUAGGCCAGGCGUGAUUGGUGGAAGUAAACCACGAGUCGCAACACCUGAAGUUGAAUCCAGAAUUGAAGACUACAAGAGGGAAAAUCCAGGCGCAUUUUCCUGGGAAAUUAGAGACAGACUAAUUAAGGAGGGAAUGUGCGAUAGAACAAGUGCACCAAGUGUGUCGGCAAUAUCUCGUCUUCUACGGGGACGUGACAUUGAGGAUGAGACAAAACUGGGAGAUGGAAAAACAAGUUCAGGAUCAGACUGCGAGAGCGAACCAGGAAUACCCCUAAAACGUAAGCAACGCAGAAGUCGAACAACCUUCACUGCCCACCAAUUGGACGAAUUGGAAAGGGCAUUUGAGAGGACACAAUAUCCAGAUAUCUACACAAGAGAAGAAUUGGCCCAACGUACAAAACUCACCGAGGCACGAAUUCAAGUUUGGUUCAGCAAUAGAAGAGCACGUCUCCGUAAACAAUUAUCAUCAACAACAUCAAGUGGCUAUGUCUCAUCAGUGCCCUACUCAUCAACACCUUAUGUUCUUCAUCCACCACCAGCAGCGCCACAUUCACAUUCAGGUGCUUCUCUGCCUCCAACUCAUUCUCAUCCCCAUCAUGGACAAAGUCUUCCAGAUCCGGUGUUCUCAUCGAGUCCUGACUUGUACCCAACGCAUCAUUCGUCGAUACCUCAUCAACUAACACCGGACUCAAGUCGCCUUGGCUCAUCCGUCUGCUCGACGCCAACCUACAGUCUUCCACCAUCAGUGAGCUACCCAACGUCACUGCUACCACCAACAUCGUCACCAAAUUCAACACACAUGACUCAUCAACUCUCACCAGUUCAUUCAGUUUCCUCUAGCAACUAUCAACACAACACAACUGCUCAUCAACUACCACCAACACCAAAUUCCCUCGUCACCAUGAUGGGCGGUUCAAAUCCAAGUCCAGGCUCUGAUCAUCUAACAACAUCCAGCGAACUACCAAUUUCCUCCGUUUCACCUGUUCAUCAUCAACAUCAAGCGAAUCAGGGUAAUUCAUCGCCAUCCUGGAAUUUACCAAUCAACAACAACAACAAUAACAGUAGUGGUAAUCGUAUUGGACUACCAACACCGCCCAGUAACAUUCAACAUCACCCGAAUCAUCCCCCACCACCUCAUCAGUUCAGCGGUCAUUAUACGAGUCAAACUUUCCAACAACCACCCAGACCAACGCCUCAUCAUCAGCCUUUUUAUAGUUGGUAUUAAAGAAGUCUUUCUUUUUCGCUAAGUCCCUUUUUGGAUAUCCAAAAAUAUCUUUAUCCUAUCUUACUGGAUAGGUAAAGGGUCUUUAUACUGAAAAGGGUCUUUUGACUUUAAAUAGGAAUUUACCGACUGAAAUUUGCUAUUAAGAAUUAGUUAAAUUAAACGGAUUUGUCUUCCAAUUGUCGAAAUUGUUGUUUUUAAUGAUUUUAUUAUAAUUCCGAGUGUUUGAUUAGAAAUGAUUCAAUCAUUGAGGACGCGCCCACUUUUUGGCUCAGCCUACUAAUGAUUAGAAACGCCCACUUCUUGUCAGUUUGCUUAUUGGCGCCGCCUUCUAGUUGAGGACACGCCCAGUUUUACUCAUUGUCACCGCCCUUUCACUCUUUUCUACUUGUUCGCCGUCUUCUAAUCAUUAAAACAAUCACUUUCUCGUAGAUUGCAAUCUAAACGCCCACUUUUCCUACUUCGCUUAAUGGUAUCGCCUUCUAACUAUGCUGGACACGCCCAACUUUUGUUAUCUUUCUUCUUGGCAACGCCUUCUAUCUUUAAGAAAACGCCCACUUCUACUUUGCCUAUUGGCACUGCUUUCUAAAGACGUAGGACACGACCACUUUCGGCUAGUUCGCUUUUUGGAUCCGCCUUCUAAUUAAAGAGGACACGCCCACUGUAUCUUGGCACCGCCUUCUAAGCGUAAAGAUCACGCCCAUAUUUUACUAUCAUUUGAAAAGAAAGAGAAGCGAAAGAAGGCGGAGGAACACGCCCACAUUUUACUAUCAUUUGAAAGGAAAAAGAAGCGAAAGAAGACGGAGAAACACGCCCACAUUUUACUAUCAUUUAAAAGAAGUAGUAGAAACGAAGAAAGAAGGCUCCGCCUUCUAAGCAAAGACCUGAAGACCACGCCCACAUUUCACUAUGAUUUGAAAAGAAAAAGAAGCAGAAAAAGUACAAGUGGAGAGAGAAGAGAAAGAGGAGGGAGAAAAUGUAGAACUGGAGAAAGAAGAGGGAGAAGAAGAGAAUAUAAACAUAGUAAAAAAAAAUUAUAAAAAAAGAAAAAAAAAGUAGAAAAAAAUUUUAAAAAAGAAGUAAAAACUAGAGAAGGGAGUAGAAAUAGAAAAAAGAAGGUAAAAAAAUAGCCGAAGACGAACACUGGCUUCUAUUCUCUUGAAAACUCCGCCCUCUCUACUCCCACCAGAGACUGAAACCACGCCCCUUUUCUGUUUCAACACUCGGCUAAGAAUCUUCUUCCUCUAAAAAAAAUAAAACUCCGCCUACUCUUCCAAAAACAAACAAGAAGCCAGGACAACUUUAAUUUUUUCUUAACACUUGACUAAAAGUCUUUUAUUAUUUUAAAAACUCCGCCCACUCUGCUGUCACUAAACAAAAAACCACGCCCACAUUUUUUAUACAAUUUUACCGAGAAUCGACCAUUUUAAUUGUUUGCAAAAAAAAUCGUCAACAUAAUUAUUGAUUCGAGUCAAAAUAUUCCAUUGAAAAAUAUUGAAAAACUCGAUUCAAAAAUAUCGAAAUAUUCAAUUCAAAAAUUUCGAAAUAUUCGAUUAAAAAAUUUCAAAAUAUCCAAAAAUUCAAUUCAAAAAUUGCGAAAAAUUCAAUUCAAAAAUUGCGAAAUAUUCAAUUCAAAAAUAUCGAAAAAUUCAAUUAAAAAAAUAUCGAAAUAUUCGAUUCAAAACUAGCGUUAAAGUCGAUUCAAAGAUAUCGAAAUAUUCAAAAAUCAAAACAUCGAUGCGUUCGAUUAAAAAAUAACGACCGAGUCGAUUAAAAAACAAUCGAAAUAUUCGAUUAAAAAAAAAAUACACAAAUAUUCGAUAGAAAAAAUACCGAAAUAUUCGAAUCCAAACUAUCGUUAUACGUUUGAUUAAAAAAUAUCGAUAAACUCGAUUCAGAAAUACAUCAAUAAACGGAAAUUAAAAAUUUUAUCGAUACAUCGAUGAAAAAAUCAUUUUCAAAAAACAUUUUCAAAAAACAUUUUCAAAAUACAUUUUCAA